AUGAGUAUUUAACAAUCUAUGGUAAUGAUAUCGAAAGCAGAUUAUCCUCUGAUUCCUGAAGAAGCCUUUUUAUACUUUCCAUAACCAUAGGAAAUAAAAGUUGGGGAUGGAAAAUCAGGGUUGAGAAGAAUAUUUGAAGGUUAAAUUGAGUUUGAUAAAUAUGAAAUGUAGCAGCUGUAGGAUUUUGAAUAAUAUGUAAAAUAAAAAUAGGCUAAGUUGAUUGAAUGGUGGGAUAAUGCUAAAAAGCUUAGGUUUUUGUAUGCAAAUUAGUUUAAGUAUGAAAAAACAUUAAAGACAAUGGAAACUCAUUAAGAAUGGAGAUCUCAAGCUCUCCCUCCAAAAUUUACAGAUGAAGUCAAACAAUUUUUGGAAACUGGUGCAUUCUAUGUUCAUGGUAGAGAUAAUAGAUUUAGACCUGUUUUAGUGAUUAAUGUGAAGAGAUUAAAUUUUAAAAAUAUAAAGAUUCAACUUAUAUUAGAUAGUAUGACUUAUUUCUUUGAGUUUAUAUUAAACAACAUGAUGCUUCCUGGUUAGAUUGAAAACUGGGUUGUUAUUUUAGAUCUUGGUAAUAUUGGGUUAUCAAGUCUACCUAUAAAUGGACUUAAGUAAAUCAUGGGAUAUCUCUCUUCAAAUUAUCGUAGCAGAAUGUUUGCAACCUAUGUAGUCAAUACCCCUUCAUCUAUUUUUAUCCCUUAUAAAAUUAUAAAGGGAUUCUUAGAAGAAGCUACCAUUAAAAAGAUAAGUUUUUACAAUAACGGUAAUCCUAAACCACUUUUUACUCAUUGUCACAAAUCAUAAAUAGAAAGCACUUAUAAUGGUGAUUCAAAGCCUGUAAAUUAAAAUUAUUGGCCUCCUAAAGUUAUCAGCAAUUAAUACUAAUUGAUUGAAGAAAAUCUUCAUAGUAUUUUUCAAAGCAAAGAUGAAUAUAACAAAUAAUAUAAAUCAGGAUUAUUGAAAAGAAAUGUUACUUUAAAAGAGUAUAUAGAAGGAUCUGAAGAAAACAAUUAAGUCAAUCCUGAAAGUAUAAAUCUCAUCAGUUUUACUAAGAAAAAAAAUGAAAUUUUUAGCACUAGGGAAUUAUAAGAUGUUUAAACUCCUUAAAGAAACUAUGAACAUAAAAAGAAUUUUGAUAUUUAAAGAUCCCUAAAUAUUGUCAGUGAUAUAUAAAAUUCAGGAAAUUAAUCUUAAAAUAAUAGUAAUAUAUAAAAUAUGCAUAAAAGUGUGUAGUAUAAGCCUCCAAAAUCUUCAUUAGCCCAAUUUGGUAAAGAAGAUCUUUCAAAAAAUUAAAUUGAAGAGUUCGAUGAAGAUAACGAUGAAAAGCAAUCAAACUAAAAUAAAAUGGGAUGGGUUAAUUAAGAUCAAUCACAUGUAACAUCAAAUAUGGCAGAUAAUGUCUCUGUAGCUCAUGAAACAUACAUUGAGAAAGUUGGCGAUGAACCUUCAAUAAAUCUGGUUAUAGUUAAGCAACAUAAAAUGAAUUCAGAAAUUUUUAGAUAAUGA